UUAUCAUUAUCGUUCAUAGCAGCUUUGAAGUUCGAAGAUAUGGCAAAUAACUUGGGACCUUUUUCUAUCGUUUCAUCUCUUCUCUUCCUCUCUUUGAUCAUCGGAACUAGUUUAGCGGCUCGUAAUCUAAACGACAAUGUGUUAGAAUGGGUAAAGAAGGACCAUCGCCAUUUUCUUCGUGCAGUUAUUCACGUAUCAGAUCUUGACCGUUCUAUUCGGUUUUACACUAAAGGCUUUGGAAUGAAAGUUUUAAAAAGAAGGAACUUUCCAGAACGUCAAUAUAGAGAUGCCCUCGUUGGAUUUGGACCCCAAAACACUCACUUUUUGUUAGAAUUAAGACAAAGACAUGAUUCCAAUAAUGUAUUUAUUGGAACAGAGUUUGGACACUUUGGGAUUGCCACUCAAGAUGUUUAUAAAUCCGUGGAGAAAGCUAGAGCUAAUGGUGCAUUGGUGAUCCAAAAACCCCAAAAAGUUAACCAAACCAUGUUUGCCUUUGUGCAAGAUCAUGAUGGCUAUAAGUUUAAACUUAUUCAAAGAAUAUCUUUUGCUGAUCCUCUUGUUCAAGUUAUGCUUCAUGUAGAAGAUUUGAAUCGAUCUCUCAACUUCUAUACGAAGGCAUUGGGCAUGAAGUUGUUUGAAAAGCAAAACAAUUCAACAGGACAGAUUGUUUUAGGGACUUUGGGUUAUGGAAUAAACCAAAGUAAAACAACAACAGUGUUGCAAUUGGAAAAGAGGAAAAAUAUCCCUCGUGAUGAUGGACGAGAUGGUUAUUCAAUGGUGUAUAUUGGUACUGACAAUGUAAACAAGAGUGCUGAAGCAGCUAAGCUGGUAAUGAAAGAGCUUGGUGGUAACCUAAUCAUCGAGCCUGUUCUACUGUCUGAUAUCAACGUCAAACUAACUGGCUUUUCUGACCCAGAUAAUUGGAUAACGAUUAUGGUUGACAAUAAAGAUUAUCAAAGAGGAAGGCUAUGAAGAAAAACAAGAAUGUAGAAUGACAUUUAAAAUGCUAAAUGUGUGAAGAGGACUAUGUACAUUUCUUGAAGAUUGAGAGUUUAUUAUUCCCUUACUUCAAAUUGUCUUUAUUAUUAUAAUUAAUAUAGUGUUGUGUUAUUAUAUUAUUUA